AUGGCGGAUUUCGAAGAGAUGGUGCCCUCUCCUCUGUCUGUGGAGGAAGAGGAUGAGCUGUGGACGGAACUCGACAAAUGCGUCUCGGAACACUGCGAAAGCCACGAAUCCAUUGACGAUGCCCUCCGUUCCUGGCUGAGCCUGACGACCCAACUUCGCGACCAGCAGCCGCAGUCGCAGGAUGAGGUCAUCAUGUGCGCGCAGAUCCUGCUGAACAGCGACAUAUUCCGGCAGCACAAAGAAUACGUCCGUAAGCAGCUCAUCUACAGUCUGCUACAGGAGGACGAGGCCGGGCCUCUGCACGCGAUAGUCUCUCUGCUCUUGCUGGACGGCCACAAGGACGAGGGGACGUUUCCGCGCAUGAUCCAGGAGGCCUGCUUCCCCCGCCUCCUCGAGCUGAUCAGGCAAGAAAAGGAUGGCGACCCGCGACUCCAUCGCUUUCUGCUGCAGCUGAUGUAUGAGAUGUCGCGUGUGGAGCGGCUGACACCGGAAGAUUUGGCGCUGGUCGACGAUGAUUUUAUCCACUUUCUGUUUGGCCUAAUCGAAGGCGUGUCUAGCGAUGUCAAUGAUCCAUAUCAUUACCCAACCAUUAGAGUAUUGUACAUGCUUGCAUCCACAGACACUGUUACGGUCCCCGGAUCGGCCCCCGAACCGCUGACGAACCGUAUUGUCAAAUGCCUGAGCCUCCACGGGCCAUUGUUCCGAACAUUUGGAGAGAAUAUCAUUCUGCUUCUAAAUCGAGAGACCGAAACGUCUUUGCAGCUAUUGAUCCUCAAGCUUCUAUAUCUUCUAUUCACCACGAAAGCGACAUAUGAAUACUUUUACACCAACGAUUUACGAGUGCUACUAGACGUCAUUAUUCGAAAUUUGAUGGAUCUUCCCGACGAAAGGAUGUCUCUUCGGCAUACAUACUUGCGAAUUCUAUACCCCUUACUAGCGCAUACCCAGAUGAAUCAGCCGCCGCACUACAAGAAGGAGGAAGUUCUACGCUUACUUAAAAUCCUGAGAGGCUCGCAGAACGCCCACUUUGCGCCCGCUGAUCCGACAACUCUGCGAUUGGUGGACCGAGUGUCCAAAGUCAAAUGGCUAGUGGAUGAAGACGACGUAGAUUCCGAAGCGUCAGGACAGGCAGAGGUCGCUCGAAAGCUCCUGGGCAUGAGCCUGUCGCCAAGGCAUUCAUCUAGCAGUGUUAGUGUCACUGAUGUGGCCGAGGUCACGGAGAAGCCAGGCGUGCAGACGCCGAGUCGAAACGGCAUGAAGCCAGUGGCCGAAUCAGUCGAAGACGAUGGUGAAAGCAAAACCAAGAAGCCUGUACCAGCAGUGCCCAAGCACAGACAUGGCAUUCCCUUUAAGCAUUCAGCUUCGGCCAUUAAGCAUUCUGCUACCGUACAUAUCAGCAGCGUUACGUCGAAAAAGGUGCCGCCAAAGGCACCACCCCCUAGACGACAUGGCAAAGUGAGAAUGGCAGAAACGUCAUCGGAUGAACAUCUGGCAGGAACCGUAAACUAAGGGAACCUGACCGAAAACAUGCCAUACUAUAUCCGUUGCUCCUUUUUAAUUCUUUAAUCAUAGUGCUUUUGCUUUCGAAUUUUUUUUUUCUUUUCUUCGCUUUUCUUGCGUUUGUUCAUUUGUUCAUCUGUUCACUUGAACGUUUGCUUGCUUGUUUCUGAAACGGUCGUUUGGAAAUUGGCCUCAAAGAGCAGAGCUAGAGCUCGCAGACAUUGACCAAGGCAUGGGUUCACACCUUGGAAAUGCGCGUCGUCAAUGGCUUUCCGGAGUUUUUGGAGUAUGAUUUGCAGAGUAACACGGGGAUUUUUUCAACUCUCGAACUUGAGAUCAGCGACAGGCCGGUCAAUUGCUUGACACGAGAAACAUGAGUAAAUGGGAAAUACCUGGCAGCAUAGACAAGACGGUGUUAUCGAUCAGGCUUUUUACUUGUCUUUGUUGUACAUAUGCACGCACAUAGGUAACGGUGUCUUACUAUUAGGUAUAGGUAAUGCCUGGGGCAAGAGGCAAACAGGCAACGGGGCAAUUUGUUGCGUAUUGUUACUUUGGGCGAAUAUAAUUUUUGUUGCUUUUUCCAGGCUUUGAAUUAGAUUGCUCCGUAGUGGGUGUAUCGCAUGCGAUAUUUGAGGGUUUGCCUGGUGCUUUUAUAGGUAACUUGGGCUCUGUUCUUGAUAAAAGUAAGAUAGAGGCGCAAAUUCGGGCUUCCGAUGAUCCGACAAGCCGCCAAGUACAGUAGGGCCUGUUGGUACCCAGGAAUUAUAUACGGAUAUACGGUUAUAAGUUC